AGUAAGUGUAAACAGGAAGAAGAGUGCAAAAUUAAACCGCGUCGACGAACAUUGCGUUACAUUGACAGGAUCUGUUUGAAGUCGCAAUGCAGGUGUACAGUAAGCUUAAAGGUCAUUAAUUUAUGUUUAGCACAUGAUGUAAAGUGACUCGACGAAAGUUAUUAGAGAAAACAUCGGGUAAUGCUAAUUUGCGGUUCUGGCAUCGUUGAAACACGGGUCCAGUUCGCUUGCACCAGAGCGAGCAGACAGUCCAGAUAUAGUCCAGAAAGCCUUUAACACUGUACGUGAAUGACUGUCGUGUUUUUAACGAAGAAAUCUGCAGCUAACGUUAACGUUAGUUCGUGCAGAUAAUCUGCAUCCGAUAGAAUUCCGCUCCCUACCGGUGACUCGAUGACCUACUAACCCAGUAGUGAAUCGAGUUAGUGUUUCUGUAUAAGAAAGCCUUUGGCUGACGACUAGACCGAUAAUUUCAACAGAAUUCAAAAUGGUUCAGAAAGACAAAAUAAUCGAGUCGACACAGUCAGACAGUGAAGCAGAUCCAGUGCCAAGCGAAGCUGUUGCGGAUACGCAGUGUCCGGUGGACGAGCCCAGUAUCGGGGUUGAGCGAACGGGCCGCAGGAAAUUCAUCACCGGUGUUGUGGAGGGCUUCUAUGGACGGCCGUGGACUAUGGAGCAACGGAAAGAGCUUUUCAGGAGGCAGCAGAAAUGGGGGUUGAACACCUAUCUGUAUGCCCCAAAAGAUGACUACAAACACAGAAUGUUUUGGAGAGAAAUGUAUUCUGUUGAGGAAGCAGAUCAACUCACAACUUUAAUAAGUGCUGCUGAAGAGCAUGGGAUUGAGUUCAUUUAUGCCAUUUCCCCUGGCCUGGACAUUACAUUCUCAAAUCAGAAGGAAGUGUCAACACUUAAAAGGAAGUUAGACCAGGUCUCUCAUUUUGGGUGCAAGUCUUUUGCCUUACUGUUUGAUGACAUUGAUCAUAACAUGUGUCCAGCUGACAAGGAGGUAUUCAGCUCCUUUGCACAUGCUCAAGUGUCUAUCACCAAUGAGAUCUUCCAAUAUUUGGGAGAACCUGAAAUAUUUGUAUUUUGCCCCACAGAAUAUUGUGGAACAUUUUGUUAUCCAAAUGUGUCACAAUCGCCUUACCUGCGCACAAUAGGUGAAAAGCUGCUUCCUGGUAUUGAGGUGCUGUGGACAGGUCCCAAAGUAGUUUCUAAAGACAUAACUGUUGAAUCUAUUGAAGAAGUCACGAAGAUACUAAGGAGAGCUCCUGUCAUCUGGGACAAUAUUCAUGCUAAUGACUACGAUCAGAAGAGACUUUUCUUGGGGCCUUAUAAAGGCAGGUCUACAGAACUCAUCCCUCGGCUGAAGGGAGUCCUCACCAACCCCAACUGUGAAUUUGAGUCUAAUUUUGUGGCCAUUCACACGUUAGCCACGUGGUAUAAAUCUAACAUGAAUGGAGUGAGAAAAGAUGUUGUCAUGACGGACAGUGAAGACAGCACUGUGUCCAUCCAGAUAAAGUUGGAAAACGAGGGCAGUGAUGAGGAGCUAGACACAGACAUCCUCUACAGCCCACAGAUCGCACUCAAGCUGGCUCUCACUGAAUGGCUGAGCGAGUUUGGAGUGCCUCAUCAGUACAACAGUCGGCAGGUUCCUCACAGUGGAACUAAAAGCACUUCUAUAGAUGUUCCUGCACUCACUGUGCCCAGUCUGGGCACGUCCACUACAGUGACUACAGUCUUCCAACAGCCCAUCAUGAGUCCAAACGUGCCCCUUAGCGAUGAACUGCUUGUGCUUGGCAAAGAAGAGGAGGUGGAGGUGGAGGUGGAGAAAAAGGAGUCUGACGAAGAACCCAUGGAGAUGGUCGUGGAGAAACACGAUGAGGUGGAGGACACUAAAAAUGUCAACCAGAUCCUCACAGAGAUUGUCAAGGCAAAAAUGACAGAAGAUCUCAGACCCAUGGACACAGACAAAGAGAGCCUGACAGAGUCCAAGUCCCCAGAGAUGUCCAUUCAAGAGGAUUCAGGCAGCGACAUUGCACCGAUGCAGACUGAUGAUCAGCUCAAUAAGGAAGUGUUUGUUCCAGGCCCCAAUGAGAAGCCGCUGUUUACUGCUGAGCCACUUACUCUGGAGGAUCUGACCCUGCUAGCUGAACUCUUCUACCUGCCAUACGAACACGGUCCCAAAGCAGUACAGAUGCUGAAAGAGUUUAACUGGUUGAGAGCAAAUAGCAAUUAUGUUAGUGUGAACGCCAACGCAAAGGAUCCAGAGAAGGUAGCCGAAUGGCAAUCCAGAGCGGAAAACUUUGAGGAGAUGUGCUGCUCCGUCAUCCAGAUGUUCACCAGACUCUCCAACUCGGCCAACAGGACCAUUCUUUAUGACCUGUAUCCCUAUAUCUGGGAUAUAAAGAGUAUCAUCUCAAUGGUGAAAUCAUUUGUUCAGUGGUUAGAUGGAAGAAUCUUCAGCACAAGUUUCUACUGCUAUCGGAUGGACAGUGCCCAAUGGUGUCGUAGUCAGUCGUCAGCACAGUUCUUAAGUGGCGACCAAGAGCCCUGGGCCUUUAGGGGCGGUCUAGCAGGAGAGUUCCAGAGACUGUUGCCAAUUGAUGGGGCAAAUGAUCUUUUCUACCAGCCACCACCACCAAUGCCAACUUCCAAAAUCUAUACCCUAAGGCCUUACUUUCCCAAAGAUGAGGUAGGUUUUGGCUGGGCAUCAAACCACUGAUAUCAGCCAUUUUAUUUUCUAUUUGCAAAAUUGUGUGUAUGCAACU